AUGGACCUGCACCGAUCUGUUGCCAUCAGCAACCGUCGGGCUCUCGACGCAUGUGCCGGCUCGGCUACCGAACUCGGCUUCAAACAACGUGCUAUACAGCGUCGCGAGGCCAAACUGAUGGAGCUCCGUGAGAAGAGAGCCAUAUCCAUGUCUGCCCCGAUCCGCCGCCGUAGCGAUAAUGACUUGAACACUUUGGCGUGCCUCUGCACCUUCAUGUUCAACUCGUCGGUCUCCACUUGUGCGGUUGUGCCCGAGAUCUUGAUCAAUGCGUGGCACUGCAAUGCUACCGGCGUGUACUCUGGUGUCUCUGCUACCGGCCAUCACACCAGCCGCGCCACUCACAUCCAGGUCAAGACCACGGCUGGUGCCACUGUCCUGGACAACGACACAAACGUCGAUGGCACGAAAAGCUACCUCGGCCAGCUCUUCUUCGACCAGACCCUCAUCUCCGCCGUUGACGCUGUCGCCCCUUACAACACCAACCAGCAAGAGCUGACACUCAACUCUGAUGAUAACAUCACCUUUGGUGAAGCGACUGAGGACUAUGACCCGAUUAUAUAG